AUGCCCCUUCAAACGGACCGCUCCGGCGAUGGUGGCACUUACAACAGAGCCGCGCAGACCGCCAGCGCGAUCGCCGCGCGCGCUACCUCACUCGGCGCCGCGACUCGCCGCCUAGCACUCGGAGGGACCCAAUUUUUAGCAAUUAAUAACAAACGAACAAUUUCUCGCAACGAGACGGCGGCCGCGCUCGCACGCGGCGUCGCGUCGCGUCGCUUGCAUCAGCUGUGCGUGCAAACGAAGCCAAGCCGGUCGUCGGUGAUUUUACUAAACCGAGAUAAGCUGUACGGACACAACACAACGGAAUCGAAACGGCUCACGUCCGUAGACGACGACCGAGUACCGCAACGCGGCGCGGCGCGGCGCGACGCGAUUCGACGCGGCGACGACAACAAUGACAAGUGCUGCACGCGCAACAGCUACCGCGCCAGCGCCGCAGCGACGACGACUGGAUCGAGUGAUACAAAGCGAAGCGAAGCGCUUACCUCCUCCACGGACGUCGUGCCUCUUCGGACUGCGUUGCUUUUUGCGAGGCAUUCUGUACAACGGUACAACGGUGACCGAACCGGGACCAAUGUCCAGCGAGUGACCGAAUUGCCGGCUGCUCACGCGGCACUGGAGCGCGUAAUCCUCCGGCCGUUGUCUGCUGCAGCAACUGCUGUCAGUCAUUCAUGUGACAACAGGGCUGACGCGAUUAUACCGUGCGAAGAAGCAACGGCCGAAAAACUUCCACAAGAUGCACCCGGGGCGGCGAAGGAAACUACGUGUCGCGAAGCGGCGAAACGAACUUUGCGACCGUCGCCGCGGCCGCGGUUGCGGCCGCCACCGCGCGAGGGUCAGUCGAGGCGACGCGACGCGACGCGACGCAAGGCGUGGCGUGGCGUGGCGAGGCUAGAGCCCGUCGACGGACAAGACCACAGCACGUCGCCUCUGAGCCUCACAUUUCGAGAGCUUCGUACGCAAAACCGGUUCCGGGGUUUGCGCUGGUCACUGCGUGGCGCUGCUGCGAUUGGCGUCUUGGCCAUGACCGCCUUCACAACGGUCGGUCGGCUGGUCACUGCUCGUUGUGGCAGUUCUACGUGUCACUGGUUGUGCGGCAGUUCAUCCAUCAGAAAUUUGAAGUUUCAAAGCAAGCAACUGCGAAAUUCUGGUAAUUACUUCUGA